AAAUAAAAAAAUAUAUAAUAAAAAAAAUGUACUAAAAUUAAUAUUAAGGACAUUAUAAUUAAAAUAUGUAAACAUUUGAUGUAGAAAAUCCUAUGGUCGAUCCAUAUUAAAAUCAAAAUAAUAAAAAAGAGAAAAAACAUAAAAAGCAUAGAAAAAGUAGCGAAAGCAGUUAAAGCAGUAACAGUAGUGACAAAGAUUUAAAUUAAAAUUUGUAUAGUUCUGAAGGAUUAAGUUCUGAUAAAUAUUUAAGGUCUGGUUUUGUAACAAAAGUAUAUUCUAUUUUAAGUGUAUAAAUGCUUUUUACUGUAAUGAUGUCUGCUUUUUCGAUGUCUAGUGAUCAUUUUAGAAUGUUAUAAUUAAAUAACUAAGGACUAAUGAUUCUUAUUAUUAUUGUUUAAAUUGUCGUUUUAUUAGUUUUGAUAUGCUCUAGAGAUAUGGCUAAAAAAGUACCAACGAAUUAUAUUUUAUUAGGAGUUUUUACUUUUUGUGAAGGUUAUAUAGUGGGCUUCAUUUGUGCUUUUACUGAUUAAAAACUUGUUUUUAUGGCCGUAUUUAUGACUAUGUCUAUAUUUUUUGCUUUAACACUUUAUGCAUGCACUACUAAAAGCGACUUUACUUUGAUGGGAGGGUUUUUAUGCGUUUUAGGCAUGGUUUUGCUAAUUUUAUGUUUGUUUAUGAUGUUUACUAAUAAUAAGAUUAUAUAAAUUAUUUAUUCUUCUAUCGCAGCUUUAAUGUUUGGACUUUAUAUUAUUUAUGAUACUUAGUUAAUUAUUGGUACUAAAAGUUAUAAAUAUGAUAUUGACGAUUAUGUUAUUGCUUCACUUGAACUUUAUAUGGAUAUUAUUGGACUAUUUUUGUAAUUGCUUGAGUUGUUAAAAGCUUUGCAAUCUAAUAAUUCAGAAUGAUUUAUAUACUAUUUUAUGUAUUUUCUUUUUGUUAUUUUUGUUAUAGAAUAAUUAUUAAUAAAUGUAUUUAAUUAUUAAAUAUUUUUUGAAUUUCUAAUAUUUUU